CCGUACUCUAUCUUGUCUGUGGUGUGUAUUACGUCAAAAUCAAAUUUAAUUUCAUUCCAAAAUUAGUGGAUUUGGGGCUAGAUUAUAUUCAUUUGUUCUGAUUAUUUAUUGAUUACGAUGGCCGCAGCAGCUAAAAUACCGGCUCUCAUAAACUCGGCGUUAGCCCAGGCCCGCCCCAAAUUCAACAUCUUCAUGAAGUAUGCGAGAGUUGAACUGGCCCCACCCAAGCUGAGCGAGAUCCCACAAAUCAAGGCCGGUAUUGGCAAGCUGAUGUCGAGCGCCAAGACUGGAGCCUGGAAGCAACAGACAGUGAAGCAGGCCAGCCUAAACGCCCUAGUCGGCGCCGAGGUGCUGUUCUGGUUCUAUGUUGGAGAAUGCAUCGGCAAGCGCCACCUUGUCGGCUAUGAUGUUUAGAUAUUUUUAAGUGUUAAUUUGUAGAUAUAAUCAGUCAAAUGAAAUAAAUCAGCAAAACCUA